ACGAAUACAAACAUGAGAUAUAAUAUAAUUGUAAUCCAUCUUCUCUUGCUGAGUGAAGGACUUCCUGGUGUCGUCUUUGGAGACAUUCGUGCUUAUACCAUCACUGAGGGACAAGACAUAGAAUUAAAGUGUCAGUUUCAAUUGUCUGGAAGUAAAAAACUCUUCUGUAAAAAUGACUGUGAUGAAAAAAGAAACAUUUUGGUGGAGACUAAAGGAGACAGAGCUGAGAAACACAGAUACAGUAUUCAAUAUGAUAAAAAGACCAACAUAGUGACAGUGGGAAUCAAGAAUGUGCAGCUCUCUGACUCGGGACAAUACCAGUGCAAGAUGGAAAGGACUUUGUUGCCCGAUGGUGUCAAUAUAUUUCAGAUAAAAGUCAACAAAGCUCGUUCACCAGUGAAAUCUACUACUCCUCGUGUCCCUCCUGUGAUCCAAACAACAACUGCUGUCAGACUCACACAUAGUCCUGGUCCUAAUCCUGGUCCAAGUCCUAGUCCAGAUCCAGACUGUGGCACCACCAUCAGACCUGAACAUGAACAACAGUCUGAGGUUGUACAUGGCUCUUCACAAACAGGGCUGAUGGUUAAAUCCUCACUACACUGCAUUCUGUUGAUGCCUGAAUGGUGCUCAUAG